AUCGGCGCGACAGAUCUGAGCAUUGGUCGAUUCCACAGCACGUGGCCGUGAAAGAUUAAGAUAAUCGACGGCCGUGGCGUAGCAGUCGCGGCGUAGAAAGCCACAGACGGAGAUCGACUCGGACACAAUAUCUCUCCCUCUUCCCUCCUCGUGGUCUCUGCCGACAUCUCCUCUCAGCAUGGAGCAGGACCUAAACCAAUUCGUCCAGGCGAUCCUGAUUGCGUCCGAUCCCGCACAGAGCUCGCUGCACCACCAGGCCCUCGAGUACCUCUCUGCCAUCCAACAAAACAGCUCUGCCUGGAGGCUUGCGCUUGUGGUGUUCGUCGAGUCUGGUCCGAAUGGCGCCAGGAAACAUCCACCACAGGUCCGCUUCUUCGCGCUUCGCGUGCUGGACGAGUUUUUCGACAACCGUUUCGAGCCACUAGAUGACGAGAUGUUCCAAACACUACAACAAUCCAUCCUGAACUACAUCCAGACGGAAUACCUCUAUGGUACUGCUGAAGCCUCCGCCUCGUUCCUGCGUAAUAAGUUCGCGCAUACCCUCACACUCUUCUUCCUCUGCACAUACAUCGACAAAUGGCCAACGUUCUUCACCGACUUCUUCGCCCUCAUCCAUCCACCGGAGUCUACCUCCCAGACGACCUACAACCCGCAUGUCUCCCUCCUCUUCUUCCAUCUCGUCCUAGAAAUCUCCGGAGAGGUCGCAGACCAGAUCAUCAAGGCCGCACGACAAUUCACCGCCGAACGCCAUGCACGCGACACCCGCGUCCGGGAUGCUGUCCGCGAACGCGACGCCGCGCGCAUCAACGAAGCGGUCCUCACGAUCGUAGCGGACGGCGUAGACCGCAUGGCGCAACUACGCAAAGACGGGCCCUCCCCGUCUUCAGAACGAGAGCUGGACUCCGCCGUAGAAGUGGUCGACUGGGGCAUCAGAACAUAUGCGUCGUAUGUUUCGUGGAUCGACAUCAACCUCACGGUCACGCGAGACACAGUCCCCCUGCUCUUCACCCUGCUCUCUGAUGCUUCCCUGCCUAUCCGCCUUGCUACUGCACUUGCACUCACGCGCAUCGUCGGGAAGGGUCUGAAAGAGCCCGGGGACAAGUUGCAGCUGAUCAAGGUGCUGUCCUUGGGACAGGUCCUCGCGGCGCUAGAGGAGAAAACACGCUCAGAACAGACAGGGCGCGGGUCUGACACGGACGAGGGCGAGGAGUCUUACCGCGAGGCUCUCGGUAAGCUGCUCAACAUCCUCGGUCUGGAGCUCUGCAAGUUGACGGACGAGUGCCCGGACGAGAGCUUGCGCACCGAGGGACAGCUGCUGCUGAGCCAGAUCCUCCCGGUCAUGCUCCGCUUCAUGGCGGACGAGUAUGACGACACGUGCUCUACGGUCUUCCCAUUACUUCAGACCAUCCUCCUUAGCUACAAACGACAACGAAAAUCAUCCUCAGAUCCCCUAGAUCCUUCAAAACGCUCUUUCCUCUCUUCAUUGCUCACCGUCAUUCUCGAGAAGCUCAAGUGGGACGAGGAGUCAGAUCCAGAAGAUAUGGAUGAGGACGACAAAGCUGCGUUUGAGGACUUGCGCAAAGAACUCCGCACAUUCAUGGACUCCACGCUCAUGAUCGACCCCGAGUUGGUGACGGAGUCUGUGAGGACAUUGGCGCUCAACACCCUGACCGCGUACCAAAAUGGCGUCUCGCUCAAGUGGAACGACGCAGAGCUCGCCGUCUACCUCGUAUAUAUCUUCGGGGAAAUCAACAAAUCUGGUGGAAAGGGCCGAGCCGCGUUUUGCCAGGCUCCCGCGGUGCAAAGGGACAAGCGAAAAGAGACUGACUACUCAGAAUACCCGUUGACCAGCCAUGGCGAGAUGCUGUAUGCGCUCAUCCAGUCUGGCAUCUCUGCAUACCCGCACAAAACGGUAGCGAUGCAGUUCUUUGAGACCGUCGCGCGCUAUGGCGACUUCUUCAAGGUCCGGAAAGAGUGUAUCAUGCCGACACUACAGGCGAUGCUUGACGUUCGCGGGGUGCACAGCCCAGAAUCGAGCACCCGUUCGCGAGUUUACUACCUCUUCUACCGCUUCAUUCGAGAAGACCGGAACGAGAUCUCGCCAGAAGUCGCCGUUUCACUGCUCGAAAGCAUCCGUGAUCUCCUCGUGAUCCAGGUCGAGCUGCCCGAGCUCGAGAACCCCGAGUCGCAGGACAUGCUGCAGGAGGCCGUCGCGGCACCUUCGCUCUUCGACUCGCAACUGUACCUGUUCGAAGCCUCAGGCACGCUCGUCUCGCUCCUGCACAAGACGCCCGACCAGGCUGCGGCGCUCUUGCUCUCUGUCGUCCGGCCACUGCUGGACGAGCUUUCCGCCAGCUUGCAGGCCGUCAAGGGCGCGGACGACGUGCUGCCGAUCCUGAAGGUCCACCACAUCAUCAUGGCGCUAGGCAAUGUCGCGAAGGGCUUCCCGGAGUACCCGACCCCCGUGCCCGAGAACUACGUCGCGCCGCCCCUCGAUGUGUUCCGGGAGGUUGGCCAGGCUAUCCUCGUUUGUCUAGAGGCGAUGAACGUCUUCAGGGUCGUUCGGGACGCGACACGCUUCGCCUUUGCGCGUAUCCUGGCCACCACCGGGUCAACAGUCGCGCAGCUCAUUCCGACGCUCAUGGCCAAUCUCCUCGCGCAUUUCGAGCCAACAGAGCUGAUUGACUUCAUGAACUUCAUCGGCUUGUCCAUCCACAAGCUUCAGGAAGACAUGCUGGACGUCCUGGACCAGCUUAUCGGACCUCUCAGCGCCCACAUCAACGGCAUCCUGGCUCAGCCCGUGAACGGUACCGAUGAUCAGACCAUGCACAACGACACCAAGCGGGCGUACCUUGGCCUCCUGACCAGCAUCAUCUCCUCGAAGCUCCAUACUGUCUUCGUUUCGGAUAGAAACAAGGGACAGCUGGAGAAUCUCCUGGAGAGCAUGCUCCAGCUCGCAGAAGACCCGUCAGACCCCGCUAGCGAGAAGUCGGCGUUCUCGUUCUUCGGCCGUUGCGUCCAGGCGUGGGCGGAACCGCCGAAGGUGCCCGGUGGGCAGCAAGUGUUCCCUGGGUUUGAGCGGUUCAUCUACGAACGCGUGAUCCCGACGGCCUUUGCUGUCCUGUCGCUACCCCAGUUCAACAUCAAGGAUGGUCAGAUCGUCGUUGUCCUGCAAGAGAUCGCCAACUUCCUGCAGACGGUCUCGAAGAUUAGAGGGCAAGAGGCCUUCGACUUCCUCGUCUCCGUUUUCCUCCCCUCUCAGAACUGGCCGCCCGCGACCGCCGCAGAGUUCGCAACCAAGAUGCGCGAGCUCGACCCGAAGGCGUUCCGCAAAUACUUCACAGACUUCGUGCGCGCGUCGCGCGCUGGACCAUGAACCCGCACGCCGUACAUUAUUGCCACGACCACCCUCACGUUACGCCCCGCCCAUUUGCUGUCUAGUAGUACAUUAGCCUUCCAUCUACACUCGCCCAUCUUUCGCCGUCGUUGCAUUCGUUCGCUGUUCCACACCCGCCGCCUGCCGCUGCAUCAGUAACACCGCUGUAUU